AUGAGAGACGAAACCGAUCGCAAUGGUUUCUGUGUAACCGUGUUCCACUUACCUCGUACCAAGGUCGCACUCGCUGGUGAAGAUGUCUAUUGGGCUGCUCAAACGGGCACGAUUGAUCCCCUUGCUGCCAUGAAAAAUCACCUCGACAUUAACAAACCGUCCACCGGAGAUGCCUUAUUUAGCUGGAGACAUCAGUCAGGAUUACGUCCGUUGACGAGGUCGCAAUUCCUGCAAUGCUUGCAGACAGCCAGUGAUAGUUUGGGUGGAGGAGCUCUCAAAGGCCAUGGCAUCCGCAUCGGAGGGACCUUGGAAUACCUAUUGAGGGGGGUACCCUUAGGGAUUAGCAUGGGUAUACCCAUGGGUAUCUGUGGUGAUACCCCCACCCACACCCACCAAAAACCCACACCCACACUGGUGGGUGUGGGUUUAUUCAUGGGUACCAGGGAUGGCUACCCAUACCCAUACCCAUAG